AUGCAAGCCUUUAUCAAAUCAAACAUGACCCUCAUCGCACCUUCGACCGCUGCCAGCACACGCGCCUUGACUUCGGGCUCUUCACGCGCAUUUGAGCAGCUCUCGAAUCAUCUCCAGUUUUCUUCCAUCUCAGACUCGACUACACUUUACCCACAGGGUGACGUUACCGGGCCAGACGAACACACAUCAGAAUGCCAGUGUUCUCAUCUACCGACUUCCAAAGUCAAGACCCCGCAGGGUGUGAUUGAAGUCCAGUUUUGCACAUGUUACGUACAGGAGACGGAAGCCUAUGAACAAAGCCCAAGGCAUCCAGCGUACCUUCAAGUACCCAAACAAAAGCAAAACGGUCGAGCCCGGUAUUGA